AUGAUGGAAAUAAAGAGUGCUGUUGUUGGUCUACUCAGCAGUGGAAUUUCUGGGUUUGCUUUUAAUCACAGUGAUAUUGGAGGGGUACUGUGCUGUAAACUUACGUUUAUUAAUUACCGAAGAGUGAAGAGUUGCUUUUUUCGAUGGAUGGAGAUAAAUGCGUUCACAACUGUUUUCCGGACACAUGAAGGAAACAAACCAUCUUGCAACAGCCAAUUCUACUCCAAUGACCGGACUCUAUCCCAUUUUGCACGCUUUGCUAAAAUCUAUAAAGCUUGGAAAUUCUACAGAGUCCAGCUUGUUCAGGAAGCCGCUCAAAAAGGUCUUCCUGUAUGCCGCCCACCUAUUUUCUGCAUUACCCAGAUGAUGAACAUGUGCACAGCUGAGCUACCACCAGUUUUUGGUCGUACUGGAGAUUCUAGUGGUGCCUGUCCUAGACAAGGGCAAAAAUACGUCAAGGCCUAUUUUCCAACAGGAGAAAGUUGUACUUGGCAACAUAUAUGGACUGGAAAACAUUUUAGAAAGCAGGGGUUGAAGCCACAGUAG